AUGGCGGGCACGGGGCGGUCGAUGCUGCUGUCGCUGCUGCUGUUCGCGGUGACGCUGUCGCUGCUGGAGAUGUACCGGGGCUGGUUCGCCGCGUCGGAGCUCAAGACCAUCGCCGGCGGAUUCGUCAGCUCCCUCCUCUUCCUCCUCCUCCUCACCAGCAAGUUUUGCAGUUUAUCGGUAAUUACCAAGAAGCUAGUGGUGUUAGAACUGGGUGGGGUGCAGCUGGCACUGUCCACCGUGUUUGCAUCACAACAUGGUAUGCUUCCUUUAACAUACUUUGCCAAUUCUUUGUUCAAGUCGUUAAUAGUUGUAUGGUCCCAUGAUAGAACUGAUAGACCUUGA